UUACAACGUUUUUUACUCUAAAGUUUAACAUCUACUCAUUUAUUAAAUAUAUAGAAGAUACAUAAUAUAGAUGCUCAGUACAUAAUAUAAAGCUUAUCAGUGUUAUCAAACACACUAGGUUAGGACUUAGCGAGUCUUCUACUUUGUUCUACACACUAAUUUAGCGUUAAAACCACAAAGUAUCUUUGAAGUUUGUUUAUACACAGUUAAGAAAGAAAAUUAAAAUGUUCGUAUCGACUAAAGCUUAAAGCAAAGCAGUCAUCUAUGUUGAAAAAACUUUUGAAAAACGUUAUCAAAACAGGAAAACCUUACAGAGCUAUUAAUACGGCCAAAGAAAUGGAUGUAAUAAAGAAUAUGCACGAAUUGGGCUAUGAUUUUAACACCGAAGGCGAAUUAAGGAAAAUCGGCGUUGAUGGAAAUUUAACAAAUGAACCAUUUCAGUACAAAAUCAGUAGUGAUCAAAAAGAAUGCCAGGCUCACUACGAGAAACUUGGAGCUGCUGUGACAGAAUAUGUAUAUCAAUUAUUACAAAACAAAGUCAAUCUAUUAAGGUUACCAGUACCUACAGAUGCUGGCGAAAAUGGAACUUUUGUUUUUGCUUCAAGGGGUUAUGAUUCACAGAAAACUCUUAUGGUAUUAAUUCAAGGUAGUGGUGCCGUUCGAGCUGGCCAGUGGGCAAGAUCACUCAUCAUCAAUAAUAAUUUAGAUAUGGGAACACAGAUCCCAUACAUCCAAAUGGGCAUCAAACGUAAUUUUGGCAUACUUAUAAUGAAUCCCAAUGAGAAUUAUAAAAGAAAUAAAGAUAUUCCACAAAGUAACACAAGUGAAGAACAUGCCCAGUAUGUCUGGAAAACAUAUAUUUCAGGCACAAAAGCUAAAAAUAUUGUUGUUGUAGCACAUAGUUAUGGUGGACUUCUUACAGUAAUGCUAGCUCAAAAGUUUAAGAAUGACUUUGAAAAUCGAGUCAAGGCAGUAGCCAUGACAGAUUCAGUUCAUUCAUUUUCAGAAGCAAUAAUUCCUGACUCAUUAAGAAAAGUUUCAAUUAACUGGAUAUCAAACACAUCACCCUUGGAUACACCAAUGAAGACCCCGGAAUUUGAAAUCACUAGAUUAUCAGCAGGUAAUCCCACUUACAUGUCUUAACUUAUGUUUAGAAAAUCUUUUAACUUUCCGCUUUCUUCAGGUCAUCCACAACACGAAAUGUCAUCUUAUGCAUCUAUGGAUUCAGUCUUUAAAUUUAUUGAUUCUAAGUUGGCAAGUUAAGU